GGUGUACAAGGAAAAAACAAAAAGGGGCAAGAGUAUUUCCAAAGAUUUUUGAGGAUCAUGGAGUCGACAUCAUUUCUGCUCUUCGCUUCACUGUUUGUCUUGGCUGCUACCAUAGAUCGACCAAGAGUGGAUGUUUCUACCGGUACGUUGAUCGGCACUGUCACCGAGUUUAGCAACGAAUAUGUUGACGGUACACACACAGUGCAUGUGUACCGGGGUGUCCCGUAUGCUGAGCCACCUGUUGGCGAGCUGAGGUUUGCCCCACCGAAACCCAAAACACCAUGGGAAGGGGAAUACGAUGCUAAGGAUUUCAUCGCUGCGUGCAUACAACCAUGGAAUCCAUUGAUACCGAUCGAUAAGAUCCAAGACGAAGAUUGUCUCCAUUUAAACGUGUUUGUACCGAAAACACAGAGUGGUAUAAAGUCUGUAAUGAUGUGGAUACAUGGAGGGGGUUUUGUCAUGGGUUCUGGAACUGAGAUGUACGAUGCAACAAUACUAUCUGCAUUGAAUGACGUCAUCGUGGUUACUAUCAACUAUCGUUUGGGAGUCUUUGGCUUAUUCAGUACAGGUGAUGACGAAGUACCUGGCAAUGUUGGUUUUUUAGAUCAAGUAGAAGCACUUCGUUGGAUUCAACAGAAUAUUGCAG